AUGGCUUCACUAAUGAGGAGAUUGGCCACUCGGUCCUCUGCGUUCUCGCCUGCGCAAGCCAGAGCCUUUUCCACCACACGCCCGGCCGCUCGCGUAAUUGCCAACGGACCACUGCGCGCCAAGGAGGCUUCUCCCUUCGUUAGCAACAAGUACCCCGUCAUCGACCACGAGUACGAUGCUCUUGUUGUUGGUGCUGGUGGUGCCGGUCUCCGUGCUGCCUUUGGUCUUGCCGAGGCUGGUUUCAACACUGCCUGUAUCUCCAAGCUCUUCCCUACUCGUUCCCACACCGUCGCCGCUCAGGGCGGUAUCAACGCCGCCCUUGGCAACAUGCACGAGGACGACUGGAGAUGGCACAUGUACGACACCGUCAAGGGCUCCGACUGGCUCGGUGACCAGGACGCCAUUCACUACAUGACCCGUGAGGCUCCCGCCUCCAUCGUCGAGCUCGAGAACUACGGCUGCCCCUUCUCACGUACUGAGGAGGGCAAGAUCUACCAGCGUGCUUUCGGUGGACAGUCUCAGAAGUUUGGCAAGGGUGGUCAGGCCUACCGUUGCUGCGCUGCUGCUGAUCGUACCGGACACGCUCUUCUCCACACUCUCUACGGCCAGUCCCUCGCCCACAACACCAACUACUUCAUCGAAUACUUUGCUCUCGACCUGAUUAUGCAGGAUGGCGAAUGCCGUGGUGUUCUCGCCUACAACCAGGAGGACGGAACCCUCCACCGAUUCCUUGCUAACCACACUGUCCUUGCCACCGGUGGAUACGGACGUGCCUACUUCAGCUGCACGUCUGCCCACACCUGCACUGGUGACGGUAUGGCUAUGGCUGCUCGUGCUGGUCUCCCCAACCAGGAUCUGGAAUUCGUCCAGUUCCACCCUACUGGUAUCUAUGGUGCCGGCUGCCUGAUCACCGAGGGUGCUCGUGGUGAGGGUGGUUACCUCCUCAACUCCGAGGGUGAGCGUUUCAUGGAGCGUUACGCCCCUACCGCCAAGGAUCUUGCAUCUCGUGACGUCGUUUCUCGUUCCAUGACCAUGGAAAUUCGUGACGGCCGUGGUGUCGGUGCUGACAAGGACCACAUCUACCUCCAGCUCAGCCAUCUGCCUGCCGAGAUUCUUGCCGAGCGUCUUCCCGGUAUCUCUGAGACUGCUGGUAUCUUUGCUGGUGUCGAUGUUCGCAAGCAGCCCAUUCCCGUCCUUCCCACCGUCCACUACAACAUGGGUGGUAUCCCCACUCGCUACACCGGUGAGGUUAUCACCGUCGACGAGAACGGCAAGGACAAGGUCGUCCCCGGUCUGUUCGCCUGCGGUGAAGCCGCCUCUGUCUCUGUCCACGGUGCCAACCGUCUUGGUGCCAACUCUCUCCUCGAUCUUGUCGUCUUUGGCCGUGCUGUCUCGCACACCAUCCGUGACAACUUCAACCCUGGUGAUAAGCUCAAGCCUAUUGCUGCCGACGCUGGUGCUGAGCACAUCGAGGUCCUUGACCAGGUCCGCAAUGCUGACGGCCCCAAGACUACAGCUGAGAUUCGUCUUGCUAUGCAGAAGGCUAUGCAGACUGAUGUCUCUGUCUUCCGUACCCAGGAGUCCCUGGACGAGGGUGUGCGCAAGAUGAACGAGAUUGACGCCACCUACAAGGAUGUUGGUAUCAAGGACCGCAGCAUGAUCUGGAACUCGGAUCUUGUUGAGACUCUUGAGCUCCGCAACCUGCUUACUUGCGCUACCCAAACCGCCACCUCCGCCGCCGCCCGUAAGGAGUCCCGUGGUGCCCACGCCCGUGAGGACUUCCCCGAACGUGACGACAAGGAAUGGAUGAAGCACACUCUGUCCUUCCAGAAGACCCCGCACGGCAAGGUCGAUCUCUCUUACCGUGGCGUCAUUGCCACGACGCUAGACGAGGCCGAGUGCAAGCCCGUACCUCCCUUCAAGCGUGUAUACUAA